AAAGGGUUUGCUGGAAUGGGAAAUCUUCUUAAAGUCCUUACAAGGGAAAUAGAAAACUGUCCUCAUUUUUUUCUGGAUUUUGAAAAUGCACAGCCUACUGAAUGUGAAAAAGGAGUUUGGAAUCAAGUCAAUGCCGUACUGCAGGAUUCUGAAAAUGUCCUCACUGGUCUUCAAGCUUACAAAGGAGCUGUGCAAGAGAUAAGAGAAGCAAUACAAAAUCCAAAUGAUAUCCAUCUACAAGAACAAGCAUGGAAUGCUGUUUGCCCUUUAGUUAUAAAACUAAAGAGGUUCUAUGAAUUCUCCUUAAGACUAGAAAAAGCUUUACAGAGUCUGUUGGAAUCGCUAACAUGUCCGCCCUAUACACCAACUCAGCACCUAGAGAAAGAACAGGCUCUAGCAAAGCAGUUUGCUGAAAUUCUUCAUUUUACUCUUCGCUUUGAUGAACUCAAGAUGAGAAAUCCGGCCAUUCAGAAUGACUUCAGUUACUACAGACGAACAAUAAGUCGCAACAGGAUAAACAAUAUGAAUUUAGACAUUGAACAUGAAGUAAACAAUGAAAUGGCCAACAGGAUGUCGCUUUUUUAUGCUGAAGCUACGCCAAUGUUAAAAACUCUAAGCAAUGCCACAACUGCAUUUGUGUCUGAGAACAAAACAUUACCACUGGAGAACACAACAGAUUGCUUAAGUACUAUGGCAAGUGUUUGCAAAGUUAUGUUGGAAACUCCGGAUUACACAAGCAGAUUCAACAGUGAAGAGACUUUAUUGUUCUGUAUGAGAGUCAUGGUGGGAGUAAUUAUUCUUUAUGAUCAUGUACAUCCUGCAGGUGCCUUUACAAAAUCUUCCAGAAUUGAUAUGAAGGGUUGCAUAAAGGUUCUUAAAGAACAACCAGCAGAUAAUGUAGAGGGCCUUCUCAAUGCACUCAAGUUUACCACAAAGAGUCUGAAUGCUGAAACAACUCCAAAAACUAUUCGGGCUAUGCUUCAAUAAAGAAUGCUCAAGGAAGAGGAUCAAUGUGCUGACCUCAAAAGAUGUAUAUGUUUACAUAAUUUAAAACAUUUGAUAUUGAUACUUGUGUAUUUACAUAGAUGUACCCUUCAGUUUAUAAACAGAAGAUAUCUUUAUUCAAAAGUAAAUUUCAAAUGCUGUUAUUUUAUAAAGCACACAUGAUUAAUGCCUUAUGAAACAUGCAAAACUGCACAGUGCACAGUUUUUUCUUUUCAACUUUACUUUUAACAGUACAGUUGUAAUACCCAUUCUAAUGAUUUUCAUCAAUAUAAUCACAGUUUUGAACAAUAACUUAUUUUCCAAACACUGUUUUAAAAAAACAUUCUAUAACUUUUGAGAUGACACUGGAAAAAUUAUGUUUGUUGGAAAAAAAUUUGAAAAGGCAUUUGUAAUGGCAUUAAUAAUGUUUUGCUGUAGUCAUAAUUUUAAAUAAAAAUGUAGACAAUGUCUAUCAAUGGGACGUGUUUAAAGUAAAAGUUAAACACUAUUUUUGUAAAAAAAAAAAAAAAAAAAA